AUGGCUGAUGCUCUGAAGGCGGAGGGCAACAAGGCCUUCGCAGCGAAGGACUUCGAUUUGGCCGUUGAGAAAUUCUCCGAGGCUAUCGCCAUUGAGCCGGAGAACCAUGUUUUGUAUUCCAACCGCUCUGGUGCUUAUGCCUCCCUCAAGAACUUCCAGAAGGCGCUUGAAGAUGCAAAUAAAACAACCGAGCUAAAAGCAGACUGGGUGAAGGGUUGGGGCCGGAAGGGAGCUGCGUUGCAUGGACUGGGUGAUCUGGUUGGCGCGAAUGAUGCAUAUGAGCAGGCGCUCAAAUUGGACCCUUCCAAUGCGCAAGCGAAAGCCGGGCUCGAAUCUGUUAAACGUGCAAUUGAUGCUGAAGCGAGAGCGGAUGGCCUGGGUGGGGACCCUUCCGGCGGCCUUGGAAGCAUGUUUAAUGACCCCCAACUUAUCACAAAACUCGCCUCGAAUCCCAAAACCUCCGCUCUGUUGGCCGAUCCGGAAUUCAUGGCAAAGCUUCAACGACUGAAAAAUAAUCCGAGCAAUAUCGGAGAAGAGAUGAGAGACCCAAGAUUCCUCCAGGUAAUGAGCGUAUUGCUUGGUAUCGACAUGUCGUUUGCUCCUCCCCCAGAGGCUGGUGGUUCCGCUAAGGAACCAGAGGAGGAUAUCAAAAUGGCCGAUGCGCCACAACCUAAGAAAGCCCCCGAGCCUGAACCUGAACCUGAACCCGAGGACGAGGAAGCCAUUGCGAAGCGGAAGGCCAAGGAAGCCGGUGACAAAGAAAAGCAGCUUGGUACAGAAAGCUACAAGAAACGGCAAUUUGACGAUGCGAUUGAGCAUUAUAGCAAAGCUUGGGAACUGAAUAAGGAUAUCACAUACCUUACUAAUAUUGGCGCUGCCAGAUUUGAGAAGGGUGACUAUCAAGGAGCAAUUGAAAUUUGCGAGAAGGCAAUCUUGGAGGGUAGAGAAAUGUUGGCGGAUUUUAAGAUCAUUGCGAAGGCAUUCGGAAGAAUUGGAACCUCUUACGAGAAGAUGGGAGAUCUUGCAAACGCUAUCGUGAAUUACCAGAAGUCUUUGACGGAACACCGUACGCCGGAUAUCUUGGCCAAGCUUCGAAACGCCGAGAAAGCUAAAAUCAAGGCUGAGAAAGAAUCCUACAUCAACCCCGAAGAGGCUGAGAAGGCAAGAGAGCUAGGUAAUCAAAAGUUCAAAGAGGCGGACUGGCCAGCUGCCGUUGAUGCUUACACUGAGAUGACGAAGCGGGCGCCUGAUGACCCACGGGGAUAUAGCAACCGUGCUGCAGCUUUGAUCAAGCUAAUGGCCCUCCCGGGAGCUGUUCAAGAUUGUGACGAAGCCAUUAAGAGAGACCCGAAAUUUAUUCGUGCAUAUCUGAGGAAAGCACAAGCUCUUUUUGCCAUGAAAGAAUAUAACAAAUGUAUGGACGUGUGUGCUGAAGCGACUGAACAUGACGAAACCGGCGCCCAUGCCCGUGAGAUCGACCAACAGCAACAAAAGGCGUUGGAGGCCCAGUUCAGCGCUCGUGCGGGUGAAACCGAAGAGCAAACUGCCGAGAGAAUUCAGCGCGAUCCUGAGAUUAUGUCCAUUCUUCAAGAUCCUGUUAUGCAGACUAUACUCCAACAAGCCAAGGGCGACCCGGCUGCGCUGCAGGAACACAUGAAGAAUCCAGGCGUCCGAAUGAAGAUUCAGAAACUGGUGGCCGCAGGCGUCAUCCGUGUUGGAAGAUAG